GCUGACGGCGGUCUCUGGGAUCAAUGAACCACCGGCUUGGAGGUACAUAACGAGAGACGGACAAAGCGUUCAUUAGGAUCUUCGAUCGCGAGGAACCUCGCGACGCAAGCAGGCUCACGCAACCUUCAAGGAUAUCCUUGGAUUUCUGUGUCGCGCGUUUCCCGUCACCAACGAAGGGCAUCUGCCAAACGGUUUCGUUGCUGUGCGCCGAAGCCUCACGCUGUCCCCGGUCCGAAUUUCAGCUUGGUUGCCCGGCAGCUUUGAUUAUUCCCCUCGUUCAUACCCAACUUGAAUGUCUUCGCCUCUGCGGUCGUCUGUCCUUUCUUCCAAUUCGCCUCUCUCCCCACCUCCGAGAUCGGCAUCGCGGAGUUCCUCACGGACGUCAUUGCGAUCGGGACGCCACAGCCCUUCGGUGUCUCUGGACGACCCUGUUGCCCUCCGCCAGCACCUUUCAACCUUAAAACAUUCUAUCCGCCAGCAACAAGCCCAACUGCACAAAUACGAAACCGAGCUUCUACGCGGUCCACGACCACUCCCUCCUGAAAUCAUGUCCCCGUCCACCUCUCCUACCCUCGAGAUCUCCUUCUCCCACAGCAGUAGCAGCAGCUCACCCCCAUCUGCCUUCUCUCCCGCGUCACCCGCCACUAAGCUCUCUCGUCGCAAUUCCUACGACGCGCUGCAAGAAAUCGCAGGCCCUGAAUCCAGUCUUCCAUUACCCUUACCGCGCAACUCUGCGUCUUCCUCCAAUCUCAGGCAAGACGGCGGCAUCAGAGAAGGAAUUCCGAUGGACUUUGGCGUAGGAUCCGCGACCCCCACGCAUCACAAGCGCGUCUCAAGCCCGACACGAACACUGAGUCGAAUACCGGUUUCAUCGGUCGGCAACGCGCGCGCGUUAGCCGACGAAGGCCAAGAUUCGGGGCACCACGGCUCCUCUUCCCUGCACCCGCCCCCGUCGCCGUCCAAUGGUACGAGCCCGUCCUCGAAGCGGCUCUCGCUCACGCCGGGCGGUACGACGAAGGUGCUCGCGGACCUGCAGACGGGCGUGAUGAACGCGCGGAACGCGCUCGAGAACACCAAGGCGCAGCUCCGGCUGAGCCAGCGCACGGUCGCGACGCUCACGCGGCAGACGGAGGACAUGAAGGAGGCGCGCGAGCGGCUCCGGCUCGAGAACGAGGGGCUCAAUAACGUCGUCGCGCGCAAGGAGCGGCUGCUGCAGGAGGCGAUCGCGCGCGCGCGUAAGGCGGAGGAGGAGCGGGACGUGCUCAAGGCGCAGCUGAAGACGGAGACGUCGACGGCGAAGAAGUCGUUGAGGGAGAUGGAGAGCCAGUUAUCGGAGGCGACGGCGCUGUCGCAGCGGAGGGACCGGGAGUAUGUCACCUUGAGGGACAGCUUGGCGAGUAUGAAGGAGAGCUGGAAGGCGGAUACGAACGGGCUGAGGGAGGAGAUGAAGAAGAGGGAGGAACGGUGGCGAAAAGAGGCGGAAAAUAUGGGGAAGAAGUACAGGGCGAUGGUGGAGGAGUGUAAGAAGGCGGAGGCUGAGAAGAUGACUGUGAAGCAGCUGAUGGAGGAGCAUACCGGGGUGCAGAAGGAGAUCGAGCAGCAUUUGAGGGAGGAAAUUGAACGCUUGAAGGGCGAUAUGGAAAAGAGCGGGAAGGAUGGCGAGGAAGCACUCAAAAUCGCACAAUCUCUAUCCAUGGAACUCGCCCGUUUGAGGAGGUUGAUGCAGGCCGCGGGCCGCGGCCCUUCAUCACCAACGGAUUCAAAUACCCCAAUACAGGAGCCUCCAGCAGGGACAGUAUCAGCAUGAUCUACAUACUAUAAUCGCACACAGGGCAUUCGCGCAUCGAUCCUCCCUCCAAUCCUCUCUCUCAAAUCGACAUCCCUCGCAAGUAUACCCCGCUUUCUGUCGCAACCGCACGUCGCAUCGUUCGUUAUUAUUUACACUUCAUGUGUUCCAACCUUUUCCUCCAAUGGCAUGGCAGACUGUAUG